GCCAACUCACAGUGAGGACCACGACGAUUCCACAGCACGGGGACACUAUCUCACAACGGUUCUUUUUUUUUAACCGAGCGUGUUUUUUUUGCUGCAUUUUCGUGUCAAGUUCAGGACCCGAGGAAAACGAGCUGCUCUGUUAUGGCCAAAGGAGAAGGAGGGGAACAAUAUUCCAACUCCAGUUUAUUAAACAAACCGGUCAGCUCGGAUGGCAUCACGCUCGCGAGGAAGCACGAGCAAAGGAACAGGUUGUCAGUCUGCAACAAGAUAUGCUAUGCCAUCGGCGGGGCCCCGUACCAGAUCACUGGAUGUGCCCUUGGCUUCUUUCUGCAGAUCUAUCUGCUAGAUGUUGCUCAGCUCGAUCCCUUCUAUGCUUCCAUCAUCCUGUUUGGGGGGCGAGCAUGGGACGCGGUGACGGAUCCCACAGUGGGAUUCCUGGUCUCCCGAAGCCCAUGGACACGAUUUGGACGCAUGUUGCCCUGGAUCCUGCUGUCCACCCCUCUGGCUGUGAUUUCCUAUUUCCUGAUUUGGUAUGUUCCUCCCUUUGAGAACGGCAAAGUCAUCUGGUACCUUUUCUUCUACUGCCUCUUCCAGUCACUUCAGACUUGCUUCCAUGUGCCGUACUCUGCCCUCACCAUGUUCAUCAGCACGGAGCAGAAAGAGCGAGACUCGGCCACGGCCUACAGGAUGACUGUGGAGGUUCUGGGCACUGUGCUUGGUACUGCUGUCCAGGGGCAGAUUGUCGGCAUGGCCAACGCGCCCUGCCUCCCACGACCCAGUGACAUCAUAGCAGGCCUCAACAACUCGGCUGCCGGACUCAACAGCUCUGACUCUGGCAUUUCCCUGGAUCACACAAAAGCCGCCUACAUGAUUGCCUCUGGUGUCAUCUGCUUGAUCUAUGUCCUCUGUGCUGUCGUUCUUUUCUUUGGCGUGAAAGAGCAAAAAGAUUCAUGCCGGCCCAGGUCUGAGCCCAUGUCUUUCUUCCAGGGAAUUAGGUUGGUGAUGGGGCACGGACCGUACGCCAAACUGGUCAUGGUUUUCCUCUUCACCUCACUGGGUUUCAUGCUCCUGGAGGGAAACUUCGCCCUGUUCUGCAGCUCCACACUGGGAUUCAGAAACGAUUUCCAAAAUAUUCUGCUGGUCAUCAUGCUUUCCGCGACUCUGGCCAUCCCGUUCUGGCAGUGGUUUCUCACUCGCUUUGGAAAAAAGACGGCGGUUUAUGUUGGCAGCUUGGCCGUGAUGCCCUUCUUGAUCCUGGUGGUGUGUGUGAAGAGUAACCUGAUUGUCACCUACAUUGUCUCCCUUGCUGCUGGCGUGGGAGUGGCCUCAGCCUUCCUGCUGCCCUGGUCCAUGCUGCCUGAUGUUGUUGAUGAUUUCAAAGUGCAGAACCCCACCUCCACCGGCCACGAAGCACUCUUUUAUUCCUUCUACGUUUUCUUCACCAAAUUUGCCUCUGGAGUCUCGCUGGGUGUUUCCACUCUCAGUUUAGAUUUCGCCGGCUACUUCACACGAGGCUGCACUCAGCCAGACGAAGUGCAUUUAACCUUGAAAAUACUGGUUUCCGCUGCCCCCAUCGUUCUCAUCUUCAUCGGUCUGGGGAUAUUGUACUCUUAUCCGAUCGACGAGGACAAGAGACAAGGCAACCGCAAACUACUACAGGAACAGAUGGAAAGCGAGACGGAUUCAGAAACGGAUUCAGCAGAGUUGGCAAACAUGGUCUGAGGACAUUUAAGAUGACCUAUGGACCAGUAAGGUUGAUCAGCUCAAAUUUUGCACUGGACAGGACCAACGGACCCUGGGCCUGUCGGAUCAUACAGACACUGCAUUCUCCAGUCACACUGCGCCGGAUCCACGUCUCCACAAACUUGUCUGCUGUCUUUCUAAAAAAAAACGUACCAACUUGUUGACACAUGAAAUUCUCUUUCUUCUUUUGUCCAGUCUGAUGUCAAAAGCUUUAUGUUUUGUGCAACAUUCAACUUCACGUAUUUUGGGGGAAAUCUUUCUCACUUUUUUUUUUUUUUUUAUUUAACAGAAAUUAAGGUUUGUCUUCAUUUCUGUUAAAAGUACACAAAACGACAAACUGUGAUGGGAUCAUGUUUUGUCACUAUUGCCAUUUUCGGUGCUCCCACUUACAACUUAAAUGGCCUUGAGCACUGGACUACAAACAGUUUUAUAGUUGAGAGAUGUAGGCUUUGUAAGACACUUGAACAAACAGUGAUGCCUUAAUUUCAGCCCUGGUUUAGGGUUAAAAUUUAGAAAACUGAUCUUUGUGCCAGACUCUUGCUCCGAGUCACCGAAUUGUGUGCUCUGAGAAUUUUUUUAAACACGUUUUUUGUAAUUUUAGAGUAUCCUCAUAGUUUUCUGAAACAGCCAGUUUCCAUCUCAUUCCUGUCCCUCUGUUUUUUUUGUUUUUUUUCCUUCUUUCCUAUGGAAGACAUGAUAAAGUGAUGUUGGAACAAGUGGGCAGACAGUAACAGUCUGAAUGGCUGACUAGUUCCUCACUGUCAUACUGAAACCACUAUAUUAGUAAAAGCUGAUAGUUUGCACAAAUAACAGCAGUGCUUCUCCACCAAUUUGAAAUAGUUAGCUUUUUAUUUAUAGGACGGCUACUGAAGACCUGGUGACUACAACCGGUACUAAUUAUUAUUUAAGUAUUUAUUAGUUUUGAUUUUACUGUCGUUGAAUGCAUGUUUGCUGCAAAGUCGUGCUUCUUGCAGUAUUUAAAUCUAUUUAAAGCCUGUAAGGUUGUUGUUUUUUUCCAACUAAAUGAAAAAUGAGAACAGUGUCAGCAAAAAACUGAAAAGACUUUCACAUCUUUUUAUUGCACGUAUCCAUCGCGACUGUCUCUUUUCCUUAUGCAUUCAAAAAGGGAAGCACAAUUGUAAAAAAAAAAGAUGGGAAGUUGUGGAAGUCAACUUGUAGUCUCCUUUUUUAUUGCAAAAAUGUAUUCUUUUUUGUAUAUACUGUAUAUGUGUUUGAUGCGACAACCAAGACGUUUGGUGAUCAUCACAAUCCCUGUACUGAAAAGGGGUAUUUACAUAUUUAUGUCUGUUGAUAUAAAAGAAAAAUGUGUACAGUCUCAUAUGUCAUACAUAAUGUUACAUCUUUGACAUGUUGUCUCUUGUCAACCGAGUUGCCAAUGUGAAAAAUGUCCAUUAGUAUAAUUCACGUUAUUCUUUUUGCCUCAUGAGAGCCUCCUGAAGUCCAUGUUACUUGAUUCUGUACAUACCAACACAGUGCCAUUAUCUCACGCAAACUCUGUUAUAAUUGUACAUCCUGUAAAUACCAUUCUAGUAAAUAUGUCCCUUUUUUUUCUCAUGGCUUCAUAAGUGAACAUCCCUCGUGGCUCUUGAGGCUAUAGCCAAAAUGUGUGAGCUUUAUUCCAUGUGGACGCGCACGGAAAGCCUUGUGAAUGUGCCUCUUGUGCAUAUGUAGAUAGUGUAUGUAAGUAAACCUGUAAAUAUCUUUGAUAUUUGUGGCUGCAAGUGAAAUGAACUUAUGUUCAUUGUUAUGUAGUUAUUUAAGGAAACAUGUUGGGUCUGAAAAAAUAAGGUGUUAAUAAAUACUAACAAGUGUACUGUGAA